CCGCAUGCAGCAUUCGGCCGAGUACAUCAGCAUUCCGCCCGUGCCGGUCGACCUGUUCAUUGACGCCGUGAAAGCGGCCGUGGCUCUCAACGCCGAGUUCGUCCCACCCCACGAGACGGGCGCGGCCCUUUACAUUCGCCCUCAGAUCUUUGGAAGCUCCGCGCAGCUCGGUCUCAGCCCGCCCGAGGAGUAUCUCUUCUCCGUCUUUGUCAUCCCUACGGGCGUGUACCACGGUACUCACCCCGUCAAGGCGCUCAUCCUGGAGGAGUUUGACCGUGCCGCGCCCAACGGUACCGGUAGCGCCAAGGUUGGUGGCAACUAUGCGCCUGUGCUCCGCUGGAGUGACAAGGCCCGCAAGGAGGGCUAUGAUAUCACCCUCCAUCUGGAUAGUGCUAGGCACGAGGAGGUCGACGAGUUUAGCACCAGUGGGUUUAUUGGUGUUCUUCGUGGCGAUGGGGGAGAGGAUGACGUUACUGUUGUUGUGCCCAGCUCCAAGGCCGUGAUUGAUAGUGUCACGAGUGACAGUAUCCAGGAGAUUGGUAGGAGCUUUGGCUGGAAGGUCGAGAAGAGACCGAUCAAGUACUCUGAACUCCCCUCCUUCUCCGAGGUUAUGGCCGCUGGUACCGCCGCCGCUCUGGUCCCCAUUCGCUCAAUCACCAGACGCGUCAAGACGUCAUCUCCCCAGUCACUCGCUUCCAGCACUGCUACCCAAGAGCACGCUCGUGUCUCCUUCAACAGAGAGGCCGAAGAGGAAACUGUCACCUACCUCCCCGAUAACCAGGAGGACGCCGGGGACCUUUGCCUCAAGCUUCUCUCCCAGCUCAAGGGAAUUCAGCUCGGAAAGAUCGAGGAUAAGCUCGGCUGGCGCUUUGCGGUUACCGAGGAGGAUGGAAAGAAGGCAGAGGGUGCGGAGAAGGCUCGUUCUAAUGAGGGUCAGGGUAAGGAGGCGCAGACCGUUGACCAGAUGGAUUAGAAGACUAGCUGGGAGGGGUUUUCGUGGGGCAUGGCCUAGAGGCUUCUAGGAUGGUAAGACGAUACAGCGCAACGCCUACUUGGACAUAAUGCGACACAUCCGACAGGGGACAAAACCUUGGACCCGUUCUUGCAAAGGUCGUCGUACAUUUAAUCGAUAUUGCGAUCUAGGCGUUCGAGGCACAGUGAACAUUGCCUUAAGGGGGUUUGCG